AGGUUGAUUGGCAACUCCAAAUUGAAUGUGAGUGUGAAUGGUUGUUUGUCUAUAUGUGCCCUGUGAUUGGCUGGCGAGUACACCCAGUCCAGGGUGUACCCUGCCUCUCGUCUGAAGACAGCUGGGAUAGGCUCCAGCACACCUGCAGCCUUUGUGAGGAUAAGCGGUAGAAAAUGAAUGAAUGUUUGGUUUAUUUUGGUAAAGAACGGGAAUACAGUGGAACCUCUGUUAGCGUAUGAUUCGGUUUAAGACAAUUUUGCCUUGGUUGGUGUGCAUUAGCUCUGUCGCCCUUCUAUGACAUCAUCAGUGGUUGCAGACAAACACAGUUAUGCCUUGAAAAAGAUGAGAAACACUACAUCAAAAAGUGUUUUGUUUUAUGUCCUGAACAGAUUAAUUGGAUUUGCAUUAUGUCUUAUGGGAAAGCUUGAUUCGGUUAGAGCACGUUUUGGUUAGAGUCAUAUCUUCUGGAACGAAUUAAUAACGCUACACUAUACAGUUCUGUACUUCAUACAUUGUGUAAUUAAGGCUCCAUCUCCAUCUUUGCACAAUGAUUACAUCAUCGGUCAAAUUCGAUUUGUACUCUACAGGCAUUUAUUUCCAUCGCAGAGCAUCAAAUUAUCGUCAACAUGAGUGUUUCUCGCUUCACCUGCUUUACCGUGAGUCACCGUCACCUCCCGUUGUGCAUGAAACCUGCCCACAGACUGCUCAUGCUUUGAUGAGUCCACCUUCAGCUUACUAUUCCUUCUCUCUUAUGGGAGCAGAAGUGAGAAUACAUUGUUUAUGUCGAUAGAAAGUCUGACAAAUCAGUUCCAUAUGGUUAGCCUGAUCCUACGUCUUAGCAGAUGCAGUGGUCCAUUGGUCAGCGAGUGGGGAGCAGAGAGAAAGGAUGUGGAUCGGGUGAAAUGAGGGGGAAAAUGGAAUAAGUGGAGAGCGACACAGAAAAGCUUUUAAAUGAAAAUCUUUAAGAAUGUUCAUGAUUAACUUAUCCAGUCGCAUUUCAACAUUCUUUGGCUCACUUCUGGACUUGGCAAAUUAUGACAUGCUGCUGUCUACACCCCACAGCAUAAUUCUUUCCAUUUUCUAUGUGGAUAGGGCAAUGAAAGAAACAUCAUGCGUUCAUUAUUUUUAAUACUCCGGGAUUCUAGACGGAUUGACAGACAUUAUUACAUUACAAAAUGUUUCCUAAGUCACCUGCUCAACUGUACACAGAUGGAUCUGUCCACAUUAAUGAUCCUUAGCGUUAUUGUACUUUGCUUGGCGAGUUUAAUUUCCACAUGCACUCCCCAUCCAAGGAUGAUAGUCACUCCUGGAAGCGCAUGGAAGCGUUUGCAGCUGCAGCUCUCAUAUAAUAGGAUGUGCUGCCAAUAAAGUGUUUCCCACAGGAUUGUAAUCUAUCUGUGGUGUUUGUGUACUUGCAUGUGCUAUAUAAUAUCAUGCACGGCCCAAAAAAAGCAGUGGUCCAUUCUUUACUUUUUUCUCCUUUUAAAGUGCAACCCAAAUAAAGUUUGCCGGGCUUGGCUUGAGCACAAAACUAUUGAAACUAUUGUUGUAUUUUGCAUCGACAAUUAAUCACACCACAAAGACUAGGGACUUAUAAUUUAACUGUUUUGAAACUCAUCUGGAACACAUUUCUGCCUAUUUUGACACUACAAAGCUCAUGAAGCCAGCAUGCCUGCAUGCUAACUUAUUUGUGCACACACAGCUGUGGACAGGCAGACAUAGAGUCAUAUAAACAGAAGUGAAACCAUGUGAUGGUGCAGUAAUUCCAGUCCCUGUCGUACAGUAUGUAUCUUGGCAAUAUGGAGUCUGGCUGGAAAGGCAAUGACUGCACAGAUAAUUGGUGUAAAUAUUGGAGCCCAUUAAAGUGGGGCAAGUGAGGACUGGAAGGGACACAAAGCUCUGGGUUGAGAUUGGAAUGCGGAGCUGAACAAACAAGGCCGAAAUAGAGGAUGAGCGAGCAGACAAAAUUAAACGAGAUUAAGAGUCUUUUUUUUCAUGCAUUACAUGAAAGAGUUACAAUGGAACCAUGCAGCUCUUCAUGCAAAUACUUCAGUGUUUUCUCAAAUGUGCAGCAGUGAUGGGAAACUCCAUGUGGGUACUCUAUUCACUAAAGUCACGUGUUACAAAGUACAUGGGCAAGAAGUUGCAUGUACAUGUUUGUCAACCUGUGAGUCAGUAAUACUUGAGUCUUCAUCAAGCACCCGUGAGUCAAUGAAACUUGCUGGCUGAGCAAGUGAAAUGUUUUGUCAAGUGGGAAGAAUAAUUAAUAUGUUGCUUUUUCCACUGGAUUAAUACGUUUAUGGAAAUGCAGUUAGAAUGCAGAAUCAGUGAAACUUGAGUCUUCGUCAAUCUGUGAGUCACUGAACACACGUCUUUGUCAACUCAUGAAUCAGUGAAUCGGGAUUAAUAUGUUUAUGGAAAUGCAGUACACGCCCAAACAACUCAAGUAUUUGUCACGUGAAUCAGUGAAACUUGUGUCUUCGUCUAUCCAUGAGUCACUGAAACUCAAGUCUUCGUCGAGCACCCGUGAGUCAGUGAAACUCAAGUGUUCGUUGAGCACCCGUGAAUCACUGAAACUCAUUCUUCGUUGAGCACCCGUGAGUCAGUGAAACUCAAGUGUUCGUUGAGCACCCGUGAAUCACUGAAACUCAUUCUUCGUUGAGCACCCGUGAGUCAGUGAAACUCAAGUGUUCGUUGAGCACCCGUGAAUCACUGAAAUUAGUGUAUUCGUAAGUCUGUGAGUCACUGAAGUGCAUGUCUUUGUCAACCCACGGGUCAGUGAAACUCAAGUCUUCAUCGAGCACCGGUGUGUCAGUGAAGUGACCAGAUCUGUUCCUUUUUCACGGGACAUUUAGGCCAACACAGUACCCGCCCAAGCAACUCAAGUCUUUGUCGAGAACAUGUAAAUCACUGAAACUUGCAUCUUCGACAAUCUGUGAGUCACCGAAACACACGUCUUUGUCAACUCAUGAAUCAGUGAAGCUUGUGGGUUGACCAAGUCAACUGUUUAUUUUGUCGAAUCUGUGAUGCGGUGAUGCAAGGGGACCAGAUCUGUUGUUUUUUCCACGGGACUAUUACAUUUAUGCGGUACACACUAACUAUCUAAGUCUGAUUCCAGCAGUGAGACUUGAGUCUUCGUCAAUCCAUGAAGUGCACGUCUUUGUCAACCCAUGUGUCAGUGAAACUCACGGGUUGAGGCAAGGACCUUUUUCACAGGAUAUUUAUGCAAAUACAGUACACGACCAAACAACUCAAGUCUUUGUCACGUGAAUCAGUGAAACUUGAGUCUUCGUCAAUCAAUGAGUCAGUGAAACUCAAGUCUUCGUCGAGCAUCCAUGAGCCAGUGAAACUCUGGUGUUCAUUAAGCACCCGUCAAUCACUGAAAUUGGCGUAUUCGUCAGUCCGUGAGUCACUGAAGUGCACGUCUUUGUCAGUCCGUGAGUCACUGAAGUGCACGUCUUUGUCAACCCACGAGUCAGUGAAACUCAAAAUCACAGGUUGAGCAAGUUGAUCUGAGGCAAGGACUUUCUCACAGGAUAUUUAAGCAAAUACAACUCGAGUCAUCGUCGAGCACAUGUGAGUCAGUGCAACUCAUGGGUUGAGCAAGUGAAAUGUUUGUUUUGUCUCGUCUGUGAUGAAAUGGCGAUACAGAGCUUAUUUGAGGACCAGGUCUACAUUUAUAGAAAAGUGCCAGUACCAGUCUCACAAUAAAUGACAUAUUAACUGCUUUCCUUUUUAAAUUUAGCUAGUGGUAGCCGGGGUGAGUAAGUGAACAAGUUAAUAACGACAAGUACCCGUGAGUCCUGAUUCACUGAACAACUUGCAGUUACACUGGACUUUUUUUUGAGCAUAUAAUACUAGCCAAGUUUAUUCACUUAUUAACAAAAGGGCUUGUAAAUUCGGUGCUUCUUAUUUUCUCUGCAGCCAUUUGGACAUUUUUGUUAGGACGAUGUAGACAGCUAAAUUUAAAAGCCACUCUCUGGCUUUGUCUCUGCCUUCUGUGACCAAACGGUGUCAAGUACAAAGUUAUAUGUAAAUCAGCUAAUUAGAACCGCACUGGCAUAUAUUUCUGUCUGUUGGACUAGAUGUACUGUAGGUACGUAUGGAAUUCACAAUUCAGAACAGCACAUAUGCUAAAUCUGCUCUAGUCUUAAUCACAUGCAGUGCAUGUGUUUUUGCACAUACUUCAAGCAACAUUUUUACUUUAAAAUGUCAUCUUCAAAAUGGUUUUGAUGGUACAAUGCCUUGGAAUGGGACCAAUGCAUCAUUAUGACAACCCUGGAUGACCUACUUUAGUAGUACUAACUUUACUUUACUGCUGUUGUAAUGCUUAUACAAACUUUGUUGCAUGCAAAAAGGUUGAGACAAUGUUUAUUUUAAACAGAAGAGUUUUGUUUGUGCAAGUGGAGGCCAGUCGUAAUAAUCCAUACAGCAUUUGUAUGCUUUUAGUCAUGAAUCUGCCCUGAUUUAUAUGCAUCAGGUUCGAGAACAUUUAGACCUCAGGAGUAACAUAUACCCGCUCGCAUAUGUCCCCAGAUAAUAUAUCAUGCCACGCUCAACUUCAUCGUUAAAAUGCUGACCUGUGACCUCAUUGGGUUCGGUAAGCAACUGAAAAAGCCGAGUUUAGAUUGUUCGCUAUCUAGCUAUCUCUGCAUGCCUAUGAUAAAGAAUGCAGUGACCUACCCGGUACCGCACCUAAGUAGGUUAACACAAAUCACAUCUAGUACUUCUGUGUACUCUGUGACCCAGGUGUGUUUAAAUAUUUAAAACGGCAAGUGCUUCACAACUCUUACAGCCCUAAUUAUGUUUUUCUCCUACCAAGUCCUGCAUUCAGUCCAACGUCGCUUCCCCCGAUGUGACAGAUUUGAAGUUCAGAUAUCAGGUAGCCUCGUAUAUAGGUUCCACGUGACAUCUUCAGAAAGCUAUGGACUGUAUGUGGCACUUGCAACACCAGCGGUUGAAGCGCCUCCAGUGUUAAACAUGCACUCAGUCAACUGUAAGACUUCCAAAUGUAAGCAACUGCAAAUUCUGACCACUUUUGAUAGUAGCAGUAUUCUCUGUAGACGGGUAGAAGGGCGUUUCCCCCAGUGUGCUGAAAGACAAUCCUGACAGUAAUUAGCCCCCUUUUCCACAAAAACAAAACACACCUGGAGUAACCUUUUUUUUACCCCACUAGAUUUUGCUGGAAACACGGCGGGAGCGGAUUUCAAACUACCGGGGGAAAUAGGAAAGGGGUGGGUAACUGUGGUUUAUACAGCAACAUGACUUGCAGUGCUAUUGUAGCAUGCUCGAGUCCGAUGCAAGGUGUAGCUUGUACAAAAAAAAAACUAAACCAUCCAAACACACAUGAUGCACAAAGUAACCUACUUGUGGGCAUAUAUCAUAUAUACGCCCAAUACUCAAAAAUGCCCAUAUAUUACCGCCACAAGGCAUGCUGGGUAGCUUGUGGUACUCUUUCUCCCAACAUUUUGCUCUUUGUCGCAUUUUUGCUUGAUUGAAAAAUACGUUGAGGACCACAUAGUUAUUUUUUAUAGUUCCGCUGUGUCAGCUGCCUACCCAGCAUGCCUUGCGAGCGUUUUGAAGUAAACGUUUUAAGUUACAUGUUAUGUUUAUGGAUCAUCUGCCCCCUAUAACUACCCCCUCCCCACCUUCGAGGCACUACUUUACUCAUGAUUGGGCACUUACUUAAAGGUACACUACUGAUGAUGUGUCCCAAAAUGUAACACCUUCCUGUUUUGCCAUGAGUUAUUUCUUCAAUUCAAUACGGUUUCAUGCCUAAAUAACCCAAAAUGGUGGAGCCGAAGAGAGUAGAAAUUGGACUGUGUGGAAUCAGGUUGGAAAGAAUUACCUCUAGCCCAGGAAUGGACAAACCUUUUGAUGCGUGGGCCACAAUGGAUUCAAAAAUUUGGCAAGGACUCUGAGCCAGAAGCAGAUGGAUGGAGUGUUUGUGUGACUAAUUAACAUGUAAAAACCAUGUGCUUUUGUUCCUUGUUUCAAGGUUACUUCUUUCACCAUCUGGCAGUUGCUUUGCAUUACUGCAUGCAUUAAGUGUUUUACCAGGACAAGAUGACAGAGCAACUCAUAAAACAGAAUAGAAUUUGACAGCAUUUCACUGAAUAAGGCACUCUCACAAUUCCAACUAUGAGGAAGGAGUCUUUACUACUUAGUGGGAUUAUUUCCUCCCUAAUUUAAUCAGUUAUGCGUCAACCUCCAGGACAUUUUUGCAAUAUAACAAAAAGGCAACAAACCGCAUGACGUAACAGGAAAACAAACUUUAAGAAUAAAAUAUCACAACAGCUCACAGCUUCUAUGUAAACCCCCACUCUGCUUUGUAUAAAAGCCUCAUCUGCUGCUGUGACACGGUCCCUUACAUUAACUUAUCGAAAGAGAAGAGCCUCUAAUUGGAAUCGAAAUGCGCAACUAGUUCAAGGCUUAUGCUAGCUUCAAAAUAGCAUUGGAAAUCCUGUUUAUGGUGACAGAUUGAGUGUUAAAGUGUAAAUAAAAUCAUCUGGAAUAGUUGGCGGAACUGUUUUAUGGGCUUAAUAGGUUGUUAAAGCCAGCGGGCCGUAGUUUGCUCUUGCUCAUUCUAGUCAAUCCUUUGCUAUAUAGACAGUAUAUAUACAGUAUAUAACACUAUUUGUAACAUUGGUACAGUACGUGACAAAAAAAAAUAAAUAAAUAACUUAAUAUACGUAUAUGGGUCAAAAUUGGCCCGAACACCAUAGAUGUUUCUUUAGUGAUUAAUUUUAAAAUGAGAAAAAAAUAAAACUAAUUGAUUUAAGAAAUAUGUUCUAUAGCCCUCAGUAAUAGCCAGGUAACAAAAGAACCUUCAAUUUAUUAAUAUGAUUCUUUUGACGUUCGUUUUACCAUUUUUAGAAAUUUAAAUCGAGGUGUAUAGUGACCAAAAAAAGGCCUACAUGCCCACACCAAAAGUAUUAAAACCAACAUUUUCAUGGAUGAGGAAGCCUAAGAAGGUAACCAAGACACAAGAAGCAAAUUUGAUGGUAACUUUUGGUUUUUAGUGUAUUUCAUAGCUGAUUUAAUACAUGGGUCAAAACCGACCCGUUAACAUAAGAGAUGAUACCAGAAAGCUAACACAAGAGGAAGGUUAAAAAAAAAAUAUAUAUAUUAGGAAAGCAGGAAGUGAACAAAUGUAACAGUUACUGAUUGUAAAAGUACCAGAUGGAGGGGUAGGAUUUAAUAAGCUUUGCUUCUUCCUACUCCUUUUGGACAUGUGGAACUGUGAACUGAUUAUGUGAUGCACUCAAUUGUAAUCUGAUGCAUGUUCAAAUGAAAUAAAACCAUUACCAUUACCAUUGUAGCACAUCAAUUAAUUUGAAGUCACAAUAAUCAGAUUUCAUAUUACUGUCUUGUUCACAUGGACAGAAUUUGCUGACUCCUAAUUUGCGCAACCAUUGCUUUAUGGUACUGCCGCCUUAUGUUCAGGUCACAUGGGAAACAUGAUGAUACCAGAUGUGAACAGUACUUGAAUCAGGUCACUUCAGGUCGCACUGUAUAUAUUCAGGGUACCUAUAUGGUUGCACUGGUGCCCCCAUCAGGAACUUGUAACACAGUGCAGGUUCAUACAGUAUAUUAUUUUUGAGAGUAGGACAACUCUAACGGGUUUUAUUUAUAUAUUAACUUAUUAAUCUUUAAUUGUGACAUUGUCUCAUCAAUAGACGGUGAUAUUAAAUUAGAGCAGACGUAGAAUCCUCAGGUAUUAAACCUGACAUUUGGAAAAACUUACUUUUUUCCCAAGUGGAAAAAGCAUGUCCAUAGGGGGAAAAAAAACCUUCCAUUACAAAAUAUUUUUUCUAGUGGUCAGCAAUGGUGAGAUGUUGUGGAAACCACUAGAUGGCAGCACACACAGAUUUCUAACAGCCUCUUCUCCCACAUUAUUCACUAUUCACUGUUGGCUAUGAUGCACACUUAAUCAUUUAGGUUAAUAAGGAAUAAAUUCUCUCUAAGUUAUCUAAGAUGAAAUUUUAAUGACUUGCAAUCCAGAUUUUUCUGCCUCCUAAGUCACAUCUUCUGAUAACGCAUCAUGUGGUUUCUCAGUUUCAAUUGUUUCUUUGUCCACUUUGAUUUUGAUGCCUCAUCUACUGUAUCUGAUAAAGUCAUUCAUUUUCUGUAAAUGUCAACUCCAGGAAUGUUCUAGCACGUUUCACUGCAGAUGCACAGCUGGACUCGCCCAACAGGUCCUUUCAGUUUGCGGUCUGAUUGUGGGAUUGGAAGAUCCCAGCCAAGUCUGUUGUCGGCACUGUGAAAGCAAAAUAGUUAAAGCUUCCCUUUGCUUCAGCUGCUCUUGUGCCCACCAUGUUCCUCCAAGCCAAUGGCUGUAACCAUUCCCAGACGGCUGCCAAUUGAAGGGUCUGCAGGCAAAUCCUGAACAGGCUGGCAAGGCCGGCAUCCGCCUCAUUGUCCUGUGAUUGGCUGCUGCAUGGGACUGAGGCUGAAUGGAGCCAGCAUCCCAGAAGCAGAAGACCAUCUCAUCAGAGAAAGAUGAGAAAGGGUGGCUCGAUGUGCCAAAGAGAAAAAGGAAGAACAGCCAGUCUUCAAUGAAGAGUAUGUCUGCUCUUAGCAUCUCUGUUCCAGGGUACAUCCCCAGCUAUCUGGAGAAGGAUGAACCAUGCGUGGUGUGCGGAGACAAGGCGACCGGUUACCACUACCGCUGUAUCACAUGCGAGGGUUGCAAGGGUUUUUUCCGUCGAACCAUCCAGAAGAACCUCCACCCGUCAUACACGUGUAAAUAUGAAGGCUGCUGCAUCAUCGACAAGAUCACACGCAACCAGUGCCAGCUAUGCCGCUUUAAGAAGUGUACCUCUGUGGGCAUGGCAAUGGAUUUGGUAUUGGAUGACUCAAAGCGAGUGGCCAAGCGGCGUCUCAUCGAGGAGAAUCGUGAGAAAAGAAAAAGGGAGGAGUUGGUGCGAACACUGCAGGUGAGACCGGAGCCGAACACCACAGAGUGGGAGUUGAUCAGGAUGGCAACGGAAGCCCACCGAAACACCAACGCGCAGGGAUCCAGCUGGAAACAGAAGCGCAAGUUUCUGUCAGAUGACAUUGGUCAGGGAAAGUUGGUGCCUGCAUCGGAAGGAGAUAAGGUGGACCUGGAAGCCUUCAGUGAGUUCACCAAGAUCAUGACACCUGCCAUCACACGUGUGGUGGACUUUGCCAAGAAACUACCCAUGUUCUCAGAGCUUCCGUGUGAAGACCAGAUCAUCUUGUUGAAGGGGUGCUGCAUGGAGAUCAUGUCGCUACGUGCCGCCGUCCGCUACGAUCCGGAAAGCGAGACGCUGACACUAAGUGGCGAGAUGGCCGUAAAACGUGAGCAGCUGAAGAACGGGGGACUGGGUGUGGUGUCGGACGCCAUCUUUGAUUUAGGCAAGAGCCUGGCCCAGUUUAACCUUGACGAUUCAGAGGUGGCGUUGAUGCAGGCCGUCCUGCUCAUGAGCUCAGAUCGCACAGGGCUGACGAAUGUGGAGAAGAUCGAGCAGUGCCAAGAGGCUUACCUGCUGGCGUUCGAGCACUACAUCAACUACCGCAAGCACAACAUUCCUCACUUCUGGCCCAAGCUGCUGAUGAAGGUAACAGACCUACGCAUGAUCGGAGCGUGCCAUGCCAGCCGCUUCCUCCACAUGAAGGUGGAGUGUCCCAACGAACUGUUUCCCCCGCUCUUCUUGGAGGUCUUCGAGGACCAGGACGUGUGACCGGAUAACAUUGGCAAACCCCUUUGACACUGAAAAAACUGAAUCUAGGUGGAGGGGUUGGGAAAGAAGUGGGAGAAAGCUAAUUAUUUUUUCGUCUUUCAUGGGAACAUGCCCUGUGAACAUUUUUCAGGGGGUUUGGGGGGUCACACACCCACCACCUACCACCAGCACUCAACAUCACAAGUGAAAAAAAAAUGUGGCUUCUUAGUCUUGUCACUUUAAAAGGUACAGUAUAGUUAUUUAAACCACAUACACUCAAGUCCAACUAUAUGCAGACACACACACACACACACACGCCUCUCACACAUGUAGUUUCCUCUGCGUCCUGAUCAGCAUCUCAGACAAUCCCACUCCACAUGCUUCUUUGCACCUUCCAUAUCUGCAGUGGUGCCCUCUACAGUUCCAACAGGAGCCAUGACAGUGUUGGUCAACCUACCUCCCCCUCACAUACUGACCUCUCAAUUAUCACACACACACACACACACAGGAAAAACAUCAACACAUGCACUUUUACCUCAUAGCUUGUAAAAUACAGUGUCUUAUUUAUUGGUGGUUUACUGAGAAAACACACAGCCAUGUAGUCCUCAUUUGUACCUCUCUAGUAGUUACGGUGGGAACACUUAAUAUAAUAGGACAGUACAGUAGAUCUGAUGUCAGCGUUUCUAUUGUAUGAUGAUGGUGUCCAAUAAACAGACGCUUAAUAUUUUAUAUUCAUAAUCAGUGACGGCUGGUGGAACGUUUUGAACAUAGACCUCUAGACUACAUCACAACCGUUACCAGUAACCCCCCCUCCCCUGUCAGAUAUAUACAAAUAAACUUUUGCAAAUCAAUAUUUUAUGAGCUGUAAAUAAGAAUAAAAAAUGUGUUUAUUUAUUGGGAUGCCUGGAUCUUAUUUGGGUGUUGCUUUUAGGGGUGGGCGAUAGUGUAAAUUUAGUAAGUACGGGACCAGUAUUGCCGAUGCCAAUAAUUUUGGCUUGAUUAAAAAUAUAUAUAUUUAUAUAUUAAUAAAUUAUGCAUAAAUUAUAAUAAACUGUGCAUUUAUAAGUAAUUUUUUGUAUAAUAAUUUAACAUUAAAUAAACAGAACAAUAUCAACAAAAUAUUACAGUUAGGAUUGCAACUGAUGAUUAUUUUCUUGCUUGAUUAAUCUGAAGCUUGUUGUGUCAAUUAAUCGAGAAAUUAAUCAGGCCCUAGACGGACCAAAUCAAUAUAAACCAAACACAGUCAGUGUUGUUGCAGCAAAAUAAAGUCAGUAGUGCAAAAUAAAUAAAAGCAAAAACUGCAGUUGGUUGUCAUUCAAAUCAUUUGGCCUCUCUAUUCCCUGAGUUUAGAACCAAUGACAUAAAAAUAUAACAAUAUGAACACGACCAAUAAACACAAAUAUCAAUCUCAUCAUGCAAGUAUCGAUCCGAUCCCAUGAAUAUUUGGGUCUAACCGCCCACCCCUAUUCGCGAGAUGGAAAUCUGCAUGGGAAAAUAAUUAGCCUGUGAAUAAUUAGCCUUUGGUUCUCAAGCAUCUCACUUAUACAACAGCCUAUUAGGAGUUACAUAAAGUGAAACUGCCUGCGAUAAAGAAUUUAGUGCUAGCUCUCUGUUCGGUGUACGCAGCCAGAGAAUCAGGCCAACGUUGGGAUGUGGUUAGCAAAACAAAGCCCACUUGCUCACAUGUGCAGCAGACCCUUCUGCCUCUUCUUCCGAUUGUAAUUAGAGCUAAAAGAAUAACAAUACUGGUUUUGAUCACAUCCCUAAGGAUGCUAUUUGAGAUCAUAUUGCGUCUAUUUCUUUUCAUUUUCCCAUAAAUUAUUAUAGUUUGAUGUCUCAGGAAUGUUGGUACCAUCAUACCCUGUCUAUAAGCCAGCCGUCCCUGAUUAUAUUGAAUGAAAGGUCAGGAUCAGAGAUUAAACAUACCUGUCAACCCCCCGGUUUACCCUGGGACACGUCCGUAUUUUGCCCUUCCUGUUUUAACACUUUAAUACUAAUACUAACGUCAUGCGUGAUACACUCUGUAAAAUCAGGGUUGUUACACAUUUUGGUUUGACCAGAAUUUCGAUUUUCUUCAGAAAAUUUCCCGUAUUUUCAAAUGCAAGUGUUGACAGGUAUCCCCCCACCCCACCCGACCCCAGUGACAACACACUUUCUUUGUUUUGUUGGGUAAAGAACUAUAUAUUUUCCUCAGGAGUUCCACACCAAAGGACAGUGAAUGUUAACUAACAGUGCAAAAUAAACAAGACAUUGCAGUUGUCUUUAAAGCUGCACAUGAAUGCUGAGAGAUGCUGUCCUGACGCCCGCUUUUAUAUCACAGCAUACCGUAGCAAUCCACACAUACCGUGCCAACAUCGUCCCCUAGACAGACAUACCCAUCGACCCUCCCGUUUUACCUGGGGGGGGAAACUCCAGUAUUUUUGCCCUUCUUCCCUGACGCUCUCCUGUUUUAAUAGUUUAUCGUAUUUUAACGUUCUCUGCAACAAUCAGGCAUUUGGAAAUAUUGGCAUAUUUUCCAAAAGAUUGAGGGAAAUCUUCUGGAAGAUUCAGGAAGUUCCACCAGUAAGGAGGAAGGAAAAUAAAAUAAAAAAAUUAAAUAUUUUUUUUUACAAUUUUUUUUGUAAAAACAUUUUUUUACAA